UCCUUGGAAGUUCGAGCUGCGCUGCCUGCAUCAGCAGCCGGGCUGGCAGGAGAAGCAGCAGUAGCCGCCGCCGCCCCUGGAAAGUUGCUCCCCCCGCUGUGCUCCCAGCCCGCUCUGCCCCCCCGCCAGCCAUGGGCUUUGACCUGGAUCGCUUUGCCGAGCCCGUGGACCCGGAUCUCAAGUGCAAACUGUGCAGCAAGGUGCUGGAGGAGCCGCUGUCCACGCCGUGCGGGCACGUCUUCUGCGCCGGCUGCCUGCUGCCCUGGGCGGUGCAGCGGCGCCUGUGCCCCCUGCAGUGCCAGCCCAUCUCGGCCAAGGAGCUGCACCAGGUGCUGCCGCUCCGGAGCCUCAUCCAGAAGCUGGAGAUCAAGUGCGACUACAGCCCGCGGGGCUGCGGCCGGACCGUGCGGCUCCACCAGCUGGCCGCCCACGUCGAGAUGUGCGACUACAGCCCGGCCCGGUGCCGCCACAAGGGCUGCCCGGAGGUGCUCAGCCUGAAGGACGUGGACGCGCACAUGCGGGAGAGCUGCGAGCACCGCCCGGCCGGCAUCUGCCAGCAGGGCUGCGGCUUGGUGCUCCUGCAGCGGGACCUGGCGGGGGGCGCGCCGCCGGGCGGGGGGCACUGCUGCCUGCGGGCGCUGCGCAGCCAGACCAGCAGCCUGCAAGGCCAGAGGGCCAGCCUGGAGCAGGAGCUGAAGCGACAGGCCCUGAAGUGGAGCAAGAGGGAGAAGUCGCUGCUGGCUCAGCUCGCGGCGCUGCAGAGCGAGGUGCAGCUCACGGCGCUCAGGUACCAGGUGAAGUUCAACCAGUACAUGAGCCACAUCAGCAGCAUCUCCAGGAACCUGGCCGGCAGCCACCCCUGCAAGGGAGGAGAAUCUAAGCCAUUAACCAUCAUGCUACAAAGAGAAAAUGAUACUUUGGGAUUCAAUAUUGUAGGAGGACGACCCAAUCAGAACAAUCAGGAGGACUCUUCACCUGAAGGAAUUUAUGUGUCAAAAAUCUUGGAAAAUGGACCUGCUGACAAGACAGAAGGCCUGCAAAUUCAUGACAAGAUCAUUGAGGUCAAUGGGAAGGACCUCUCCAAGGCCACUCACGAAGAGGCAGUGGAAGCUUUUCGGAAUGCCAAGGAGCCAAUUGUAGUUCAGGUUUUACGGCGAGCACCCGUUAAUAAAACACAUGGUAGCUCACAGGAUGUUCAGCUUGUGGAUGCUAGCACUCAGACCGACAUCACCUUUGAGCAUAUUAUGGCUCUGGCCAAGCUUAGGCCAUCCACACCUCCAGUACCAGAUAUCUGUCCCUUUCUGCUUUCAGACAGCUGCCAUUCUCUUCACCCAGUGGAGCAUGAAUUUUAUGAAGGUAAUGAGUAUCUUUCCAGCCUGCCUGCUGAUGCAGAUAGAACAGAGGACUUUGAGUAUGAGGAGGUCGAGCUGUGUCGUGUUAGCAGUCAAGAGAAGCUGGGGCUAACUGUCUGCUACAGAACAGAUGAUGAGGAAGACACAGGAAUCUAUGUCAGUGAGGUUGAUCCAAACAGCAUUGCUGCCAGAGAUGGCCGGAUCCGAGAAGGAGACCGCAUUCUGCAAAUAAAUGGCCAAGAUGUCCAGAAUCGGGAGGAGGCGGUGGCAUUGCUCUCCAGUGAUGAAUGCAAGAAAAUUGUGUUGCUGGUUGCAAGACCAGAGAUGCAGCUGGAGGAAGGGUGGCUGGAUGAUGAAAGGAAUGAAUUCUUAGAGGAGUUAAACUUGGAAAUGUUGGAAGAACAGCAUAAUGAAGUAAUGCAGUUCACAGCCAAUGAGGUGGAGCAG